AUGCUUGAAGUGGAGUUAUUUGAUGUGUGGGGUAUUAACUUUAUGGGUCCAUUUGUGAGUUCUUACGGAAUGAAGUAUAUUCUGGUGGUUGUUGAUUGUGUUUCUAAAUGGGUCAAAGCUGCUGCAUUGGCUGACAAUAAGGGAAAGAGAGUUGUUGCUUUCCUCAAAAAGAACAUAUUCUCUUGCUUUGGAGUACCAUGCACUAUCAUAUGUGAUGGAGGAUCUCAAUUUUGCAACAAAUUAUUUCAGGCAUCUCUGGCGAAGUAUGGUGUUAAACAACACAGAGUGGCUACUCCAUACCACCCACAAACCAGUGGGCAGACACCUAUUGGAAUGUCACUGUUCCAAUUGGUCUAUGGAGAAGUAUGCCAUUUGUCAAUAGAGCUAGAGCACAAGGCUUUAUGGCUACUCAAGAAGUUGAAUUUGAAUUGGAAGAAAGCUGCAGAACUGAGAUUAGGGCAACUAAAUGAGAUGGAUGAAUUCCGUCUCAGGGCAUGUGAACAAGCACAUUUGUAUAAAAAAAAAAUGAAAAAGUACCAUGACUGGAAGAUAGAGAAGCGAGAGUUCAAAAAAGAGGACUUGGUGCUUUUGUCUAAUUCCAGAGUUAAGUUGUUCCCAGGAAAGAUGAAAUCUAAGUGGUCAGUUCCUUUUAAAGUGAAUCGAGUCAACUCAUCUGGAGUAGUGGAGCUUGAAAAUGAAGAUGGCAGUACAUUUAAAGUAAAUGGGAAACGGGUAAAGCUUUACAUUGGACCAGAUGAAUCAGUAAAAAGCAUCAUCAUUAUUUCUCUCGAUGAUGUAUGA